CAGGCCACCUCCGUCCGCUCUAUCCGCGCCCUCGUGCCCCUUCUGGACCGCGUUCUUGUUCAGCGUGUCAAGGCCGAGACCAAGACCGCCAGCGGCAUCUUCCUUCCCGAGUCCAGCGUCAAAGAGCUCAACGAGGCUAAGGUUCUCGCCGUCGGCCCCGGUGCUCUUGACCGCGACGGCAAGCGGUUACCCAUGGGCGUCAACUCUGGCGACCGCGUCCUGAUCCCCCAGUUCGGCGGCUCUCCCGUCAAGGUUGGUGAUGAGGAGUACCACCUCUUCCGCGACAGCGAGUAA